AUGUAUCGGACGCAAGUUUUAUGGCGAGGGACGCAUUUGAAAACCCGUCGAAUAAACACUGAGUUGCCCAUUCGCAUCCACUAUCGGAUCAAUCUUGACGCUCACAAAUCGAGACUGCCUCUAGCGCGCAUCGAGCUCUUUCCCGACCUCGGCAAAUCCAUCGUCACUUGCUUCGGCAUCACUUAUAUCGCCGAUGCCCUGGCGCAGAGCAUUUGGAAUAGGUCUACUGAAGACCUAGACCAGCGGAGAAUGAAAAAUAUGGCCAUUGCGGCUGUUCCUUUGGGAAUUUGGUAUUCGGCUUGGUUUUCAUUCUUGGACUUUCAUCUCAAAAAAGCGCCUUUCACCUCAGCCCUCAUUGAUACUCUCUUCCUACCUGCAGUGCACGCCAUUUUCCUCAUUCCCUUUCACAUCAUUCAUGACAACAAGGUGCUGAAUCAUAAUUUGUCGCACGCAGAACUUAUCUCAGAAAUUGGGUCGCUCUGGUUUCUCGACUGGAACAUCUUUGCCACUCGUUUCUUCGACAACCAGAGCAAGAUCGUCUCCGGCGCAGCAGAUCAUCACGUCCACGUGACUGAUCUUACAACCCAGGAAGUGUGCUACACGAAGUCCUUCGAAAACCGCGUCAAGAAAGUCUCGGUCGUGGACAACUACGUUUUCCUCUCUGCUGUCGAAGAUGGCACUGUUCAGUUGUCGGACGUUCGCGUUGGCGCCAGCUACCCAAUUUUUUCGAUCUCCUCUUCUAACUUGCCCCGCGCUGCAAACAUUACCGAAGUGAAGUCGAUCGAUUACCACAAAAGGACGAACAUGGUCGCUGUCGGUUCCGGUGGCGGGCUCGUUCGCAUCUUCGACGUUCGCUUCGACAAGGAGCCAACGGUGAAGCUCAUGUUCGGCAAAAUGUACUUUCCCGGGCAUUGUGAUCGCGAUCGAGGAAAUUACUCGGUGACGCAUGUUACUUUCUCACAAGAUGGAAGCGAGCUUCUUGCGAAUAUGGGGUCUGAGUACGUUUACCUCUAUGAUGUCAAAAACCCAACUCUGACGAGUCUCAAGCUCCCCGACUUUGAUUCAUCGCCAGAGGAGCCUCCCUUACUGCCAGAAAAAGCAGAUGAACUGAAAAGGGAGGGGAAUUAUUUGUUCUCCGAGACGCAGUUUUUCGGCGCGUAUCAGACUUAUCUCGACGCAUUACGGAUCUGUCCCGGCCAUCCAGUUUUAUUAAACAACGCUGCAAGUGCUCUGAUGAACCGGAAAAUCAUCGGCGACAAGUACGAGAGUUUCUUGUUCUGCCAGCGCGCUUUGAAGAAAUGCUCAAAAUAUCGCAAAGCUAGAAUUCGCGCAAUCAAGCUUCUCAGAAACAUCGAUUUAUUAGCAGCGAAAGCUGAGGCAGAAAAACUGCUCGAGUAUGAUGUUCAAAAUUCCGACAAGAAAGAAGUUGCUGCAUCGAGAAAAAUACUAGACGGAAUUUUAAAAGUGCUGGACGACAUUCCAGAUGACGAGGAAGAGGAGGAGGAUGGCUCGGCCCCGAUCUGGCUGGACUACAAGAAUCGAUUUGUCGGCCACUACAACUGCCAAACUGACAUAAAAGAAGCCAGCUUUCUCGGAAGUGAAUUCAUCGCGGCGGGCUCCGAUUGUGGCAAUUUAUUUGUUUGGCGACGCGACGGAAAAUUACUUUUCAUCGCGAAGGGGGAUGAAAAUAUUCUAAAUUGCGUUCAACCAAAUCCCAAAUUGACCUCAAUUGCUACGUCCGGCAUCGAUAAUGAAAUCAAGCUCUGGCAGCCUGUAGACGAGUCUCAGUCCGACUCGUACAACUCUAAGGAUUCUUCAAAUGGAAUGGUGGAGCAUGUCGAGGAAAACACUGAAUACCUGAGGCAGCAUGUUCGCCAAGAUACUGAGCUACUGGCACACAUGAGUAGCCAAUGCGUGCAGCAAUGA